CGGGCCCGCCGCUCCGGCCCCAGCGCGAUGUGGCCGCGCCUGGCCUUUUGUUGCUGGGGUCUGGCGCUCGUUUCGGGCUGGGCCACCUUUCAGCAGCUGUCCCCGUCGCGCAACUUCAGCUUCCGCCUGUUCCCCGAGGCCGCGCCCGGGGCGCCGGGGCGCCUGUCGGUGCAGCCCGCGCCGGCCGAGGACGCGGCGGGCCGCCGAGUGGAGCGGCUGGGCCAGGCGUUCCGGCGGCGCGUGCGGCGGCUGCGGGAGCUCAGCGGGCGCCUGGAGCUCGUCUUCCUGGUGGACGAGUCGUCCAGCGUGGGCCCGGCCAACUUCCUCAGCGAGCUCCGCUUCGUCCGCAAGCUGCUGUCCGACUUCCCCGUGGUGCCCACGGCCACGCGCGUGGCCAUCGUGACCUUCUCGUCCAAGAACAACGUGGUGCCGCGCGUCGACUACAUCUCCCACCGCCGCGCGCACCAGCACAAGUGCGCGCUGCUCCGCCGCGAGAUCCCGGCCAUCGCCUACCGCGGCGGCGGCACCUACACCAAGGGCGCCUUCCAGCAAGCGGCGCAAAUUCUUCGUCACUCUAGAGAAAACUCAACAAAAGUUAUAUUCCUCAUUACUGAUGGAUAUUCCAAUGGGGGAGACCCCAGGCCAGUCGCAGCAUCCCUGCGAGACUUUGGAGUAGAGAUCUUCACGUUUGGCAUAUGGCAAGGGAACAUUCGAGAACUAAAUGACAUGGCUUCCACCCCAAAGGAAGAGCACUGCUACCUUCUCCACAGUUUUGAAGAAUUUGAGGCUUUAGCUCGCCGUGCAUUGCAUGAAGAUCUGCCCUCUGGGAGUUUUAUUCAAGAGGAUAUGUCCCAUUGCUCCUAUCUGUGUGAAGCUGGCAAGGAGUGCUGUGACCGCAUGGCAAGCUGCAAAUGUGGGACACACACGGGUCAGUUUGAGUGUGUCUGUGAGAAGGGCUAUUAUGGGAAAGGUCUGCAGUACGAAUGCACAGCUUGCCCGUCUGGGACGUACAAACCAGAAGGUUCUCCAGGAGGACUCAGCACUUGCCUUCCAUGUCCUGAUGAAAAUCACACCUCUCCACCUGGAAGUACAUCCCCGGAAGACUGUGUCUGCAAGGAGGGAUAUCGGGCAUCCGGCCAGACCUGUGAAGUGGUCCACUGCCCUACCCUGAGGCCUCCUGAAAACGGUUACUUUAUCCAGAACACUUGUAACAACCACUUCAAUGCAGCCUGUGGGGUCCGAUGUCACCCUGGAUUUGACCUCGUGGGAAGCAGCAUCCUCUUGUGUCUACCCAAUGGUUUGUGGUCCGGUUCAGAGAGCUCCUGCAGAGUAAGAACAUGCCCUCAUCUCCGCCAGCCCAAACAUGGCCGCAUCAGCUGUUCUACAGGAGAAAUGUCCUAUAGGACGAUGUGUUUGGUUACCUGUGAUGAUGGGUACAGACUAGAAGGAAGUGCUAAGCUUACUUGUCAAGCAAAUGCCCAGUGGGAUGGUCUAGAACCCCGGUGUGUGGAGCGCUACUGCUCCACCUUCCAGAAGCCCAGAGGUGUCAUCAUCUCCCCGCCCAGCUGUGGCAAGCAGCCCUCCAGACCUGGGACGAUUUGUCAACUAAGUUGCCGCCAAGGAUUCAUCUUAUCGGGCGUCAGAGAAGAAGUGAGAUGUACCACCUCUGGAAAGUGGAGUGCCAAAGUUCAGACGGCUGUUUGUAAAGAUGUGGAGGCUCCUCAAAUCAGCUGUCCUAAGGACAUAGAGGCUAAGACUCAGGAACAGCAAGAUUCUGCUAAUAUCACCUGGCAAAUCCCAACAGCUAAAGACAACUCUGGGGAAAAGGUAUCAAUCCAUGUUCAUCCAGCUUUCACCCCACCUUACCUUUUCCCGAUUGGAGAUGUUGCUAUCACAUAUACAGCCAUUGACCUAUCCAACAACCAAGCCAGCUGCACUUUCCAUGUCAAGGUUAUUGAUGUAGAACCACCUAGCAUAGACUGGUGCAGAUCCCCACCUCCAAUGCAGGUCUCAGAGAAGGAGCAUUCUGCAACGUGGGAUGAGCCUCAGUUCUCAGACAACUCAGGGACUGUGUUACUCAUCACCAAGAGCCACUCACCAGGAGAACUUUUCCCUCAUGGAGAGACUAUAGUGCGAUAUACAGCCACUGACCCCUCGGGCAAUAACAGGAGCUGUGACAUCCACAUUGUCAUAAAAGGUUCUCCCUGUGAAGUUCCAUUUACACCUGUAAAUGGGGAUUUUAUAUGUACUCAAGAUAGCGCCGGAGUUAACUGCACGUUAAGUUGCCUGGAGGGUUACGAUUUCACAGAAGGGUCUACUGAGAAGUAUUACUGUGCUUAUGAAGAUGGUAUCUGGAACCCACCAUAUUCCACUGAAUGGCCAGACUGUGCUAUUAAACGUUUUGCAAACCAUGGGUUCAAAUCCUUUGAGAUGCUGUACAAAGCAACUCGUUGUGAUGAUACAGAUCUGUUGAAGAAGUUUUCCGAAGCAUUUGAGACUACCCUGGGGAAAAUGGUCCCAUCAUUUUGUAGUGAUGCUGAUGACAUUGACUGCAGAUUGGAGGACCUGACCAAAAAAUAUUGCCUCGAAUACAAUUAUGACUAUGAAAACGGCUUUGCAAUUGGACCUGGUGGUUGGGGCGCAGCUAAUAGGCUGGAUUACUCUUAUGAUGAUUUCUUGGACUCCGUGCAAGAAACACCCACAGGUGCCGGCAAAGCCAGAUCUUCACGAAUUAAAAGAAAUGCCCCAUUAUCUGACCACAAAAUUAAGUUAAUUUUUAACAUCACAGCUAGUGUGCCAUUACCCGAUGAAAGGAAUGAUACCCUUGAGCUGGAAAAUCAACAGCGACUCAUUAAGACUUUGGAAACCAUUACAAAUCAACUGAAAAGGACCCUCAGUCAGGAGCCCAUGUAUUCCUUUCAGCUUGCAUCUGAGAUGCUUGUAGCCGACAGCAAUUCGUUAGAGACAGAAAAGGCUUUCCUUUUCUGCAGACCAGGCUCGGUGCUGAGAGGGCGUAUGUGUGUCAAUUGCCCUUUGGGAACCUAUUAUUCUCUGGAGCAUUCUGCCUGUGAAAGCUGCUUGAUCGGAUACUAUCAAGAUGAAGAAGGACAACUCGAGUGCAAACUCUGUCCAGCUGGGACUUACACCGAGUAUCUUCAUUCAAGAAGCAGCUCAGAAUGCAAAGGUCACAAUAAGAUGCACCUGAGGGGUGCCUGGCUGGCUCAGUCAGUAGAGCAUGUGACUCUUCAUCUCGGCGUCAUGAGUUCAAACCCCAAAAAGGGUGUAGAGAUGACUUUAAUAAACAAACAAAAAACAAACAAACUUAAAAAAAAAAAGAGAGAUGCACCUAAAAGAAGGAAUUUCAGAACUGUGCCCCUUGCUGUUGUUACAAAUGCAGCUAAGUGCAAACCAGGCACCUACUCAUCAAAUGGGCUUGAAACGUGUGAAUCGUGUCCUCUGGGCAGUUAUCAGCCAGCAUUUGGUUCCCAGAGCUGCCUCUCGUGUCCAGAAAACACUUCAUCUGUGAAAAGAGGAGCUGUGAACAUUUCUGCUUGUGGAGUACCUUGUCCAGUAGGAGAAUUCUCUCGUUCUGGAUUGAUGCCUUGUCAUCCAUGUCCUAAAGACUACUACCAACCCGAUCCAGGGAAGUCCUUCUGCUUAUCUUGUCCCUUUUAUGGAACUACAGCCACCAGUGGUACAAGAUCUAUCACAGAUUGCUCCAGUUUCAGUUCAACAUUCUCAGCAGCAGAGGAAAGUGUAGUGCCCCGUGCUUCUCCGGGACAUAUCAAAAAGAAGUAUGAAACCAGCAGUCAGGUUUUCCAUGAAUGUUUCUUAAAUCCCUGCCACAAUAGUGGAACCUGCCAACAGCUUGGGCGUGGUUAUGUUUGUCUCUGUCCAUCUGGAUAUACAGGCUUAAAGUGUGAAAUAGACAUUGAUGAAUGCAGCUCACUGCCAUGCUUCAACAAUGGAAUUUGUAAAGACCUAGUUGGGGAAUUCAUUUGUGAAUGCCCAUCUGGUUACACAGGCCAACUAUGUGAAGAAAAUAUAAAUGAGUGUAACUCUAGUCCUUGUUUAAAUAAGGGAACCUGCACUGAUGGCUUGGCUGGCUAUCACUGCACCUGUGUGAAAGGAUACACGGGCCUGCACUGUGAAACAGAAGUCAAUGAAUGCCAGUCAAGCCCAUGCUUAAAUAAUGCAGUCUGUGAAGAUCAGGUUGGAGGAUUCUUGUGCAAAUGCCCUACUGGAUUUUUGGGUACCCGGUGUGAAAAAAACCUGGAUGAGUGUCUCAGUCAACCAUGCAAAAAUGGAGCUACCUGUAAAGAUGGUGCCAAUAGCUUCAGGUGCCAAUGUGCAGCAGGCUUCACAGGGCCACAUUGUGAAGUAAACAUCAAUGAAUGUCAGUCUAACCCAUGUAGAAAUCAGGCCACCUGUGUGGAUGAAUUAAACUCAUACAGUUGUAAAUGCCAGCCAGGAUUUUCAGGCAGCAGGUGUGAAACAGACCAGUCUUCAGAUUUUAACCUGGAUUUUGAAGUUUCGGGUACCUAUGGUUAUGUCAUGCUAGACGGUGUGCUUCCAUCUCUCUGGGCUAUAACUUGCACAUUCUGGAUGAAAUCCUCUGACAUCAAUAAUUAUGGAACACCAAUCUCCUAUGCACUUGAGAAUGGCAGUGAUAAUACCUUCCUCCUGACUGAUUACAAUGGCUGGGUUCUUUAUGUGAAUGGCAAGGAAAAGAUAACAGAUUGUCCCUCCGUGAAUGAUGGCCAUUGGCAUCACAUUGCAAUCACUUGGACAAGUACUGAUGGAGCCUGGAAAGUCUAUAUCGAUGGGAAAUUAUCUGAUGGUGGCCUGGGCCUCUCCAUUGGUUCAGCCAUACCUGGUGGUGGUGCAUUAGUUCUUGGGCAAGAGCAAGACCAGAAAGGAGAAGGAUUCAACCCAGCUGAGUCUUUUGUGGGCUCCAUAAGCCAGCUGAACCUCUGGGACUAUGUCCUGUCUCCACAGCAGGUGAAAUCACUGGCUACCUCAUGCCCAGAGGAACUCAAAAAAGGAAAUGUGUUAGCCUGGCCUGAUUUCCUGUCUGGAAUUAUGGGAAAAGUGAAGAUAAAUUACAAGAGCAUAUUCUGUUCUGAUUGCCCACCCUUAGAAGGAUUGAUACCUCACCUGCGAACCACGUCAGUAGACUCAAAGCCAGGCUCCAAAAUCAGUCUGUUCUGUGACCCAGGCUUCCAGAUGGUUGGGAACCCUGUGCAGUACUGUCUGAAUCAAGGACAGUGGACACAACCACUCCCCCACUGCGAACGCAUUAGCUGCGGGGUGCCACCCCCUUUGGAGAAUGGCUUUUACUCCGCUGAGGACUUCCAUGCUGGCAGCACAGUGACCUACCAGUGCAACAAUGGCUACUACUUGUUGGGUGACUCAAGGAUGUUCUGUACAGACAACGGGAGCUGGAAUGGCAUUUCACCAUCAUGCCUUGACGUUGAUGAAUGCGCAGUUGGGUCAGAUUGUAGUGAGUAUGCUUCCUGCCUGAACACAAAUGGAUCCUACAUUUGCUCAUGUAUCCCACCCUACACAGGAGAUGGUAAAAACUGUGCAGAACCUAUAAAAUGUAAGGCUCCAGGAAAUCUAGAAAAUGGCUACUCUUCUGGUGAGAUUAAUACACUGGGCGCCAGAGUCACAUUCUCAUGCAAGGAAGGAUACCAGCUGGUGGGAGCCACCAAAAUCACAUGUUUAGAGUCUGGAGAAUGGAGUGAUCUGUUACCAUAUUGUGAAGCUGUUUUCUGUGGUGUCCCAGAUAUUCCAGAAAAUGGUGACAUUGAUGUAUCAGAAUUUACCUAUGGCAGUAAAGUAACAUAUAGGUGUAAUAAAGGAUAUACUCUGAAUGGUGCUAAAGAAUCUUCCUGUCUUGCUAGUGGUUCUUGGAGUCAUUCUCUUCCUGUAUGUGAACUGGUCAAGUGUUCUAGCCCUGAAAGCAUAAAUAAUGGGAAAUAUAUUUUGAGUGGGCUUACCUACCUUUCUACUGCAUCAUAUUCAUGUGAGAGUGGAUACAGCUUACAGGGCCCUUCUGUCAUUGAAUGCUCGGCCUCAGGCAGCUGGGACAGAGCGCCACCUACCUGCCAUCUUGUUGUCUGUGGAGAGCCGCCGGCCAUCAAAGACGCUGUCAUCACCGGAAGGAACUUCACUUUUGGGAACACUGUCACUUACACCUGCAAAGAAGGCUACACCCUUGCUGGUCCCGACACCAUUGAAUGCCUGGCCAAUGGCAAGUGGAAUGGAAGUAACCAGCAGUGUCUGGCUGUCUCCUGCGAUGAGCCCCCCAACGUGGAACAUGCCUCUCCAGAGACUGCCCAUCGGUUAUUUGGAGACAUUGCAUUCUACUAUUGUUCAGAUGGUUACAGCUUGGCAGACAAUUCCCAGCUCCUUUGCAAUGCCCAGGGCAAGUGGGUUCCCCCAGAAGGUCAGGCCAUGCCCCAUUGUAUAGCUCAUUUCUGUGAAAAACCUCCAUCUGUUUCCUAUAGCAUCUUGGAAUCUGUGAGCAAAGCAAAAUUUGCAGCAGGGUCAGUUGUAAGCUUUAAAUGCACAGAAGGUUUUGUACUGAAUACCUCGGCAAAGAUUGAGUGUUUGAAAGGUGGGCAGUGGAACCCUUCCCCGAUGUCCAUCCAGUGCAUCCCCGUGCGGUGUGGAGAGCCACCAAGCAUCAUGAAUGGCUAUGCGAGUGGAUCAAACUACAGUUUUGGGGCCAUGGUGGCUUAUAGCUGCAACAAGGGGUUCUACAUCAAAGGGGAGAAGAAGAGCACCUGCGAAGCUACAGGACAGUGGAGUAGCCCCACACCUACAUGCCACCCUGUGUCUUGCAAUGAACCGCCUAAGGUUGAGAAUGGCUUUCUGGAGCAUACAACUGGCAGGAUCUUUGAGAGUGAAGUGAGAUAUCAAUGUAAUCCAGGCUACAAAUCUGUUGGAAGUCCUGUAUUUGUCUGCCAAGCCAAUCGCCACUGGCACAGUGAAUCCCCACUGUCAUGCGUCCCUCUUAACUGUGGAAAACCUCCCCCAAUCCAGAAUGGCUACAUGAAAGGAGAAAAUUUUGAAGUAGGAUCCAAGGUUCAGUUUUUCUGUAAUGAGGGUUUUGAGCUCAUUGGUGAUAAUUCUUGGACAUGCCAGAAAUCUGGCAAAUGGAAUAAGAAACUAAACCAGAAGUGUGUGCCUGCCAAGUGCCCAGAGCCACCUCUCUUGGAAAACCAGCUUGUCCUAAAGGAGUUAGCUACUGAAGUAGGAGUGGUGACAUUGUCUUGUAAAGAGGGACAUGUCCUUCAGGGGCCCUCUGUCCUGAAAUGCUUGCCAUCACAGCAAUGGAAUGAUUCUUUUCCUGUUUGUAAGAUGGUUCUUUGUCUCCCACCUCCCCUCAUUUCCUUUGGUGUCCCUGCUCCUUCUUCUGCACUUCAUUUUGGAAGUACUGUCAAGUAUUCUUGCGUGGAUGGAUUUUUCCUAAGAGGGGAUCCCACCACUUCCUGUCAAGCUGAUGGUACCUGGAGUUCUCCAUUGCCAGAAUGUGUCCCAGUGGAAUGUCCCCACCCUGAGGAAAUUCUCAAUGGUAUCAUCGAUGUACAAGGUCUUGCCUAUCUCAGCACAGCUCUCUAUACCUGCAAGCCAGGCUUUGAGUUGGUCGGAAAUACUACCAUCCUUUGUGGAGAAAAUGGUCAAUGGCUUGGAGGAAAACCCACCUGUAAACCCGUUGAGUGCCCAAAGCCCAGGGAGAUUUCAAAUGGCAAAUUCUCUUACACACACCUGCACUAUGGGCAAACCAUUACAUACUCCUGUCGCCGAGGCUUCAGGCUUGAGGGUCCCAAAGCCUUGACUUGUUUGGAGACAGGUGACUGGGAUAUGGAUGUCCCAUCAUGCAGUGCCAUCUACUGUAAUCCCCCACAACCCAUUGAAAAUGGUUUUGUAGAAGGUGCAGAUUAUGGCUAUGGGGCCAUGAUCAUCUACAGCUGCUUUCCUGGGUGGCAGGUAGCUGGUCAUGCCAUGCAGACCUGUGGAGAGUCGGGAUGGUCAAGUCCCAUACCAAAAUGUGUACCUGUAGACUGUGGUCUUCCUCCUCAUAUUGAUUUUGGAGAAUGUACUAAGGUCAAAGAUGGUCAGGGACAUGUUGACCAAGAAGAAGAUAUGAUGGAGAUUCCAUAUCUGACUCCUCGCCCUCCUCAUCAUAUGGCGGCAGUGGCAACCUGGGAAAACACAAAAGGAUCUCCUGCUACACAUUCAGCAAACUUUCCAUAUGGCACCAUAGUUUCAUACACCUGUAAUCCAGGAUAUGAAAUUUUAGGGAGCCCUAUGCUGAUCUGCCAGGAAGAUGGAACUUGGAAUGGCAGUGCACCAUCCUGCAUUUCAAUUGAAUGUGACUUACCAGUUGCUCCUGAAAAUGGCUUUUUGCAUUUUACAGAGACUACUAUGGGCAAUGCUGUACAGUAUAUUUGCAAACCUGGACACAUUCUACUGGGCUCGGACAUGAGAUUUUGUCUACAGAAUAGAGAAUGGAGUGGUACUUCCCCAAGGUGUGAGGCCAUUUCAUGCCCAAAACCAAAUCCAGUUAUGAAUGGCUCUGUCAAAGGAAGUAACUACACAUACCUGAGUGUGUUGUACUAUCAGUGUAAUCCUGGGUAUGUGUUGAAUGGCCCUGAGAGGAGAACAUGCCAACAAGAUAAAAAAUGGGAUGAGAGUGAGCCAACUUGCAGUCCUGUGGACUGUGGUUCACCUCCAAUCUCAGCCAAUGGCCAGGUGAAAGGAAACCAAUAUACAUUCCAAAAGGAGAUUGAGUAUACUUGCAAUGUAGGGUUCUUCCUUGAGGGAGACAGGAGUCGUGUUUGUCUUGCUGAUGGACAUUGGAGUGGAACCACUCCCAUCUGUGUGCCUGUCAGAUGUGUCACCCCACCACAAGUGGCAAAUGGAGUGAUGGACGGCCUGGACUAUGGAUUUGGAAAGGAAGUGGUGUUCCACUGUCAGGAUGGCUACAUGCUGCAUGGUGCCCCAAAACUCACCUGUCAGUCAGAUGGCAACUGGGAUGCAGAGUUUCCUUCCUGUAAACCAGUCAACUGUGGCCCUCCUGAAGAUCCUCCCCAUGGCUUUCCUAAUGGCUUCUCCUUUUAUCAUGGAGGGCAUAUACAGUAUCAGUGCUUUCCUGGUUAUAAGCUCUAUGGAAGUCCUUCACGAAGGUGUCUUUCUGAUGGCUCCUGGAGUGGCAGCCCACCUUCCUGCCUGCCUUGCAGGUGUUCCACGCCAGUAAUUCAAAAUGGAGCUGUCAAUGGGACAGAUUUUGGCUGUGGAAAGGUAGCCCAGAUUCAGUGCUUCAAAGGCUUCAAGCUCCACGGAGUUUCUGAAAUCACCUGUGAAGCCAAUGAUCAGUGGAGCUCUGGCUUCCCACGCUGCGAACACACUUCUUGUGGUUCUCCCCCAGUGAUACCAAACGCAUUCAUCAGUGAGAGUGGCACUUUGGAGGAAAAUGUGAUAACCUACAACUGCAGAUCUGGGUAUGUCAUACAAGGGAGUUCAGAUCUGGUUUGUACAGAGAAGGGGACGUGGAGCCAGCCUUAUCCAGCCUGUGAGCCCUUAUCCUGUGGAUCCCCACCAUCUGUCGCCAAUGCAGUGGCAACUGGAGAGGCACACGUUUACGAAAGUAAAGUGAAACUCAGAUGUCUGGAAGGUUAUGUGAUGGAUACAGAUAUAGAUACAUUCACCUGUCAGAAAGAUGGUCAUUGGUUUCCUGAGAGGAUCUCCUGCAGCCCUAAAAAAUGUCCUCUGCCAGCAAAUAUAGCACACAUACUUGUUCAGGGGGAUGAUUUCAGUGUGAAUAAGCAAGUUUCUGUGUCGUGUGCAGAAGGGUAUAUCUAUGAGGGAGUUAACAUAUCAACGUGCCAGCUUGAUGGAACCUGGGAACCACCAUUUUCUGAUGAAUCUUGCAGUCCAGUUUCUUGUGGGAAACCUGAAAGUCCAGAACAUGGGUUUGUGUUUGGCAGUAAAUACAGUUUUGAAAGCACAGUUAUUUAUCAGUGUGAAACCGGCUAUGAAUUACAGGGGAACAAGGAACGGGUUUGUCAGAAGAACAGAAGGUGGAGUGGAGAGGUAGCAACGUGCAGAAAGACCAGGUGUGAAGCUCCGCUUGGGUUUCUGAAUGGGAAAGCCGAAGUUGAAAACACGACUGCUGGACUCAGGGUAGUGUAUUCCUGCAACAGAGGGUACAGCCUUGAAGGAGCACCUGAGAUACAUUGCACCGGACGCGGAGUUUGGAGCCACCCACAUCCUCUCUGCAAACCAAAUCCAUGCCCUGUUCCUUUUGUGAUUCCUGAGAAUGCUGUCCUUUCUGAAAAGGAGUUUUAUGUUGAUCAGAACGUGUCCAUCAAGUGUAGAGAAGGCUUCCUGCUCCAGGGUUGGGGCAUCAUUACCUGUAACCCCGAUGAGACAUGGACGGUGACAAAUGCCAAAUGUGAAAAAAUAUCCUGUGGUCCACCAACUCAUGUAGGAAAUGCGAUUGCUCGAGGCAUACAUUAUCAGUAUGGGGACAUGAUCACCUACUCAUGUUACAGUGGAUACAUGUUGGAGGGCUCCCUAAGGAGUAUUUGCCUAGAGAAUGGAACCUGGACAUCACCUCCUAUUUGCAGAGCUGUCUGUCGAUUCCCAUGUCAGAAUGGAGGUAUCUGCCAACGCCCCAAUGCUUGUUCCUGUCCAGAUGGCUGGAUGGGGCGCCUCUGUGAAGAGCCAAUAUGCAUUCUCCCCUGUUUGAAUGGUGGUCGCUGUGUAGCCCCUUACCAGUGUGACUGUCCACCUGGCUGGACGGGGUCCCGCUGUCAUACAGCUGUUUGCCAGUCUCCCUGCUUAAAUGGUGGAAAAUGUGUAAGACCAAACCGAUGUCAUUGUGUCUCAGCUUGGACAGGACAUGACUGCUCCAGGAAAAGGAGGACUGGGUUUUAACAACUGCACAGCCAACCCGCUCUCCUAAAGGCAGGAUCAUCUCUUCCUGGGAGUCCUGGGCAUCCUUGAACUUAUGCAAAGAAAUUCCAACACGGUGCUGGGUCUUGUUUUGUUUGGUAAACUUGUUAUUUGGGGUUUGCCUUUGUAUUUUGUGUUCUAUUUUGUUAUUCCUUGUGACAUACUUUCUUACAUGUUUCCAUUUUUAAAUAUGCUUGUAUUUUCUAAAUAAAAGUAUAUUAAAUCGAUGCUGCUCCACUCACAAAAUGUACAUACUCUGCUGUCUACUGGGGAGGUUCCCGCUACACAUUUUUAUUCGGUUACUUAAAAUGAUUUUUCAAUUAAAAUAUAUUUUGCUAUUAAAUCA